AUGCCUGCUCUUAAGGCUUCGAAGAAACGCAAGGCAGUCACUCGCGAUGUCGAGGAGGAACCGGGUGUCUUUUCAGGCGAUGAAAUAAACGGUGAUGGCCUGGAUGGCGCGCUUUCAGAUGAUGCCAGUGAUUCGGAGGUUGAAUUGGUGGACGAUUUCAGUGACGAAGAUGAUGACGAGGAGGAGCUGGACAGUGACGAGAUUCCAUCAGAUGGAGAAGAGCCCGCCAAAGCAAAAGCCAGCAAGUCGGCGGAGGACAACGAGAGCUCCGACGAAGAGCAACCGAACUUUCGCAUCGAAAAGGACGCCAAUGGGAAUGACCGCUUCCUGUAUGACGAGAUCAAUCCCGAUGACAACUCAGAGUACUCCGAUGCCGACGAAAACGCCAACACCAUCGGUAACAUUCCCCUGACGUUCUACGAUUCGUACCCUCAUAUCGGUUACGAUAUCAACGGAAAGAAGAUCCUGCGUCCCGCCAAGGGAGAGGCUCUUGACGCACUACUUGACAGCAUUGAGAUGCCCAAGGGCUGGACUGGUCUGACGGAUCCUUCGACGGGUAAACCCUUGGAAUUGAGUCAAGAUGAGCUGGAGCUGUUGCGCAAGGUCCAGAUGAACGAAGUCCCGGAUGAUGAAUUCAACCCCUACGAACCACUGAUGGAGUGGUUCUCCAACAAGGAGGAGAUUAUGCCUCUGAGCGCUGCACCGGAGCCGAAACGUCGAUUCGUGCCGUCCAAGCACGAAGCUAAGCGGGUCAUGAAAAUUGUGAAGGCGAUUAGAGAAGGACGUAUCUUGCCCUUCAAGCCUCCGACUGAAGAAGAUGAGGCUGAUCAAGAUAUCAUCAAAUAUGAUCUAUGGGAGGAUGAAACAGAACGCCCGGAUCAUCCUAUGAAUGCACCUGCUCCUAAACUUCCGCCACCGGGCUAUGAGGAGAGUUACCACCCUCCCGCUGAAUAUCUGCCCGACAAGAAAGAACGGAAAACUUGGGAAGAGGCUGAUCCGGAGGAUCGGGAGCGCGAAUUCCUUCCCAAUGACUUUGGCUCUCUUCGGAAGGUUCCUGGGUACGAAUCUUUUGUCAAGGAAAAAUUCGAGCGUUGCUUGGAUCUCUACCUGGCUCCUCGGGUUCGGAGAAGCAAAUUGAACAUCGACCCUGAAAGCCUUCUCCCCAAACUUCCUAGCCCUGAAGAACUGAAGCCGUUCCCCACCGCUUGCGCCACAGUGUUCCGGGGACAUAAGGGCCGUGUUCGUUCCCUGGCUGUCGACCCCACAGGCGUGUGGCUUGCUACUGGUGGCGACGAUGGAACUGUCCGAGUCUGGGAGCUUCUGACUGGUCGUCAACUGUGGAGCGUUAAGAUUGGUGAUGAGGAGGCUGUCAACGUGGUUCGCUGGAGACCUGGAAAGGACGCCGUGGUGCUUGCGGCCGCAGCGGGUGACGAUAUUUUCCUUGCGGUGCCUCCGAUUGCCGACCCUGAAAUCGAACAAGCCAGUUUGGACAUUCUGGAUGCCGGCUGGGGCUUUGCGGCUACGAGGCCUGCUCCAAGCGCCGCCGAGGAAAACAAGAAGAACAAUCCUCCGCAAUGGAUCCGCCCCUCGGCUUCCCUUGCGGACUCCGGUAUUUGUGCGGUUAUUCCUCUUCGCUAUGUGGUCAAAUCUAUCUCCUGGCAUCGCCGCGGUGACUACUUCGUCACUGUUUGCCCUGGAUCUUCUACUCCGGCUUCCGUGGCGAUUUCCAUUCACACACUCUCCAAGCAUAUGACACAAUUCCCCUUCCGCCGACGCAUCAAGGGUGGUGGCCCUCCACAGACAGCUCACUUCCAUCCUUCGAAGCCGAUCCUCUUCGUUGCCAACCAGCGGACCAUUCGCGCAUACGACCUCUCGCGACAGCUCCUUGUCAAGAUCAUCCAACCUGGUGCUCGCUGGAUCUCAUCCUUCGACAUUCAUCCGACUUCUUCUACCGCCUCCGGCGGCGACAACCUCAUUGUUGGAUCUUACGAUCGACGUCUCCUGUGGCAUGAUCUCGAGCUAUCGCAGCGUCCUUACAAGACUCUGCGAUACCACCGCAAGGCCAUUCGUUCCGUGCGUUUCCACCCCGGUGGCCGGUACCCUCUUUUCGCCGAUGCCAGUGACGAUGGCUCUCUUCAGAUCUUCCAUGGCAGCGUCACAGGCGACAUGCUCAGCAAUGCCAGUAUUGUACCCCUCAAGGUGCUCAAGGGCCAUAAGAUCACCGGGGAACUCGGUGUGUUGGAUAUCGAUUGGCAUCCUCGAGAAGCCUGGUGUGUUAGUGCGGGUGCAGAUGGAACUUGCCGCUUGUGGAUGUAA